UCUUGUUUGGUUGAUGCCUGAUGGUGGUAGAGUUUCCUGUUAAUUAAUUAAUUAGUCUAAACCAAAGGAAAAUGUAACCAAACAAGACAUCCAAUCCAAUCCAAGACGCUGAGAAUAGCAGCUAGCUUUUCCAUCCACGGUUUAUUCUCAGCAAAACCACCACCACCUGGAUUGGAUUGCAUGGCCAAUUAAUUGCCCGAGAAAAAGAGAUCGACAAUUCUUGCCUGUUUCCGUCCAUCAAGAAACCAUCAUGUAUCUGAAGCCACUUCUACUAGUUAUUCUAUUUUCAUGCAUCUUACUCCGUCCUGAUCGGUCUAUGGUCGCCUUUUUUGGUGCCGGAAAUCCCCCAGCAGUGCCGCAUUACUUGGGCGAUGUUGCUGUUGACUGUGGCUCUAUUGGCAACUCAACGGCGCUUGAUGGGCGUGAAUGGAUCGGAGAUACAGGCUCAGAAUUGAUGUCUUCACUGCAACCAAGAGGCAAAACAAGGAGCUCUACUGCUGCUGACAAAUUAUCCUCCGUCGACGGUGUUCCGUACAGGACUUCAAGAAUUUCUGCAACUCCAUUCCAGUACACCUUUCGGGUCACCCCAGGUCAGAUAUUCUUGCGCCUGCACUUUUACCCUGCUUCUUACCGAGGUUUUGAAAAGUCUCUGGACUUUUUCACUGUAAAAGCUGGUCCUUUCACCCUCCUAAGGGACUUCAGUGCUUCACUUACUGCUGAUGGUUCUGGUGAAAAAUAUGUUGUCAAGGAAUUUUGUUUGAAUGUAGAAGUAAAUGCAAAAUUGAACGUAACGUUCUCUCCCUCUAAGAGCAGCAAGUUAAAGAAAGUGCAUGCUUUCGUCAAUGGAAUUGAGAUCAUUUCCAUACCGGCCGGUCUCUAUUACACGUCUGAUGGUGAGUUAGGUGCCCGCAUGGUUGGUCUGAACAAUCGGUUCUAUAUUAUCGAAAACAGCACUGCACUUGAAGUGGUUCAAAGGUUGAAUAUUGGAGGGGGCUCUAUCUCACCAAUAGAAGAUUUUGGCAUGUUUCGAAGAUGGAGUGAGGAUUCUAAAUACUUGCAGGAAUCCGGAGUUCAUCGAGUGAGUCAUCUGACUAACAGGAUUAAGUACACAAACAUGCCAGCAUUUGUUGCUCCACCAAGGCUUUACCACACUGCUUGGAAAAUUGGAAGAGGUAUAAGAGGAAAUGAGAUGUACAAGUUUACAUGGAAAAUACCUAUAGAUCUGGGCUUUGGCUACUUAGUCAGGCUUCAUUUCUGUGACUUCGAUGCUGGUAUGGCAGAAAGCAGGCAAAGGGAAUUCACCAUCCACAUAAAUAAUCACAUAGCUGAGAAUAAGGCUGACUUGAUCGGAUGGAGUGGCGGCACUGAGAUCCCAGUAUACAGGGACUAUUUGGUGAUGGUGAAAGGAGAGAAAGAAGUCAGGAAUUAUGAUCUCUUGAUUUCCCUACAAUCAGUGGAUGAGUUGGUUUUUGGACUCCUUAAUGGACUAGAGGUCUUCAAGUUGAGCAAUCCUGACAACAGUCUUGCGACUCCAAAUCCUUUAUUUCCAAGACGAGCGUCCAAAAUUUGGAACCUGAAGAUUCCAAACUUGUUCUCAGCUUUUGGCCAGAGCAAUGCUGUUUCAACAGGUAUGACAAUCAUAAUUAUCUUGCUAAGCAUAAUACUCUAUAACUUGAAGGAAAGUUGGGAACAGAGCUUCAUUGAAGAGAAAAACAGUCUGUCAGCCCAAGAUGAAUCAUCUUGUCGUCGAUUUUCACUUGCUGAGAUCAUGGCAGUAACCCAAAACUUUAGCGAUGCAUUUUUUAUUGGAAAGGGGGGAUUUGGUAGUGUAUACAAAGGAUCCAUUCCUGGCAUUUCAAAGACUGUUGCCAUAAAGAGGUUGAAUCCAAAUUCCAGGCAAGGGGCUCGUGAGUUUUGGGCAGAAGUUGAAACACUUUCCAAGCUCCGCCACAUACAUCUCGUCUCUUUGAUAGGCUACUGCAAUGAACGCAAGGAGAUGAUCCUUGUAUACGACUACAUGUCUAGUGGCACACUUGCUGACAAUCUUUAUAAAGCUGCCAGAAACGGGAAGGCCUGUGUUCCACUCCGAUGGGAGCAAAGGCUUAGAAUCUGCAUUGGUGCUGCUCGUGGACUUGACUAUCUUCACACGGGCUAUGAAUAUGGAGUCAUACACCGUGAUGUCAAGGACACAAACAUCCUGUUGGAUGAGAAUCUCGUGGCCAAGAUUUCAGACUUUGGUCUAUCCAAAUUGGAAAAGUUUACCCAAUCAAGGAGCUAUGUUAGCACAAAAAUAAAAGGAACUUUUGGUUACUUGGAUCCAGAUUAUUUCAUGACUCAAAAUUUGACUAGAAAAACAGAUGUCUAUGCCUUUGGCAUUGUGAUGUUGGUUGCUUUAAGCGGGAGACCUGCAGUGGACUCGAGAAAUCCAGAGGAACCACGGAGUUUGCUAUCAUGCUUCAGAGAAUGCAUUGCAGAAGGGGAAGUUGAUAGGAUUGUUGACACAAGUUUACGGGGGAAAAUACCAUCCAACAGCUUAAGAGAAUUUGUGAAAUCUGUGGAAAACUGCCUGCAGCAUCAGCCCAAGAAACGACCUACAAUGGCUCAAGUGGUUGCAAACCUCGAGUCUGCAUUGGAGCAGCAGGAUAGCACCAUAUUUUCUUUAAGAAAUUCAGCUCCUUUAGUUGGCCAGUCUUCGCAGAUUGGAACUCCCGAGUCACUAAAGUUUGUCAAGAGCGAGGUGGCUCAUACAGAUGAGGAGCGUAAUCAGAGUAAGGUAGCCCAAUUGCAAGACGACAUCCAGUGUCCGGUAGCCCAAAUAGAUGAGUUGAGUGCCAUGGCUCCUCCAAAUGAAGAAACUAAAAGUAAGCACAGCCAGAACCUUGCCUUUCCAGUUAGAGGAAAACCAACUUGGAGUGGGUGGCCAUGGAAAGCAGCUCGGCAUAGAGGGAAGGCAAUGAAAACAACAGAAUUAGUCUCACCAAAUGAUUUGGUUCCACCAAGUGAUUCUGGUCCUCGCUUUUCAAUUGUAGACAUCCGAGAAGCCACUGACAAUCUCGUUGAUGGCUUUGCUAUCACAAAUAAUGGAUCAUGGAAAUUUUGCAUAGGAUUUAUCCAGCAACUAAAGAUGACAGUUUCCAUUUACCAGUUUCAUUUUGAAAUAUUUGGUGGGGAGGUUUUAGAACUAUGCCGUGAGAUUGAGAGACUAUCACGAUUGAGACACCCCAACUUGCUGCCUUUGAUUGGGUAUUGUUACCAUGAAGAUGAGAAUAAGAUAUUCAUCGUCUAUGAUCAUAUUGGCUCCAUCAGCCUUGACAAACAUCUCUAUGGAACCAGAAAUGUUCUUCCAUGGAAGUGCAAACUCCGCAUUUGCCUCGGUGUAGCACAAGGGCUAGGUCACCUGCAUAGGAGUCUGGGGCAAGCUACCAUCCAUCACGACUUGAGGGCGGCAAACAUACUCUUGGACGGGGACGGGAAUCCAAAGAUUUCUCUAAUCGGCUUGUACAAAGUAAGCCAUGUGCAUCAGCUUGCUAAGCCCUCAACCAAAGCUCAAGCAACGGGCGUGGAGUAUUUGUCUCCUGACACCAAGACCACUGAUUCACAAUCAUUUGAAAAAUCUAAUGUGUGCUCAUUUGGUUUGUUGUUGCUGGAAGUUCUAUGUUGUCGAAGACCAAUAGAUUCUGAGCUAGAUCAAGAUAACGAUGACAGGUACCUUAAACGUUGGGUCAAAAAUAACAUCAAAACCAAGAAGCUUCAUCAGAUUCUUGACUUCAAUUCCAAAAGGGAAAUUGCAGCAGCAUGUUUAGCUGAAUUUCUGAGGGUUGCCUUUAGCUGCUUGCUGGUCUGCGAAACUGAACGGCCAUCGAUGGAUGAUGUUAUCAAGAAAUUAGAGUCCGCAUUGAAGUUGCAGGAGCAAGCAGAAGCUAUGAAGCAAGAUUUUAAGGGAAAAGGCUGUGCAGAUGGUUUCAAUCUGGAGGAUAUUUACCAUGACAUAUCAAUAUCAAAUCUUGCGGACAAUUGAAGUGUUUAAGCCACCAUCACUUCACUCAAGCUUGCAAAUUCUAGAUUGAGGGGCAAUUUCAUGUAGUAAGUCGUUGGUUGUUGAUGCCCAGCCGAUUGUUGUAGAUUUUCCAUUUUAGCGUCACAGAUUACCAAUUAGAGCCAUGAUUAAUAUGUACAAUAUAAUAUUUUUCUGUUAUUUUUUAGA